AGUAUUUGAUGUGGUUUACGAAAUAUAUCCAGCGGUAAUGUUAGGUGACUCACCCUGUAUGUAUAGAAAAAGUUUAAAAACAAAAAUAGCAGAUCUCACAGCAAUUGAGAAACCUAAGAUCAGACAUUCGCGAUCUGUACGUUUCGUAUCAGCUUAGUAUGGCGGCUUCUGAGCGUUUUCACACGUUUGUGUGCAAUGCAAGAGGUUGCGACCAUACAGAGGCAAGUUGACUGGCGCGACUUUUCUUGAAGAUAUCUAUGUACCAAUUUUCAAAGCCGUUCUUAAUUUGCUAUUGCGCAAAGCGUGUCUGUGGUCGUAUCCUAUAGCUGUAUAGAUAUAAAGUUCUUUGGAUUGAUUGUAAACAUAAAACAGUGCUGUUAUGAGCGUCAGCAUGUAUUAUGUGUCAUAUAGGUUAUGUUGUUGAUAAAAUUUUGUUUUGUGUAUGCGGCGCUUCUUCAACAAUUUUUGUUAUUUUCUUGAGGGUUGGAAGAAAAUACCAAAAUGCAUACACAUGGUCACCGGUUGAAAGGGAAGAAACACCCACAGAAAGGGAAAAAGAACGCACCUACUGUUCUUUCCAGGAAAGAAAAGAGAAAAGAACAGAGAAAGAGCCUCAAAAUCAGAAAGCGUGAGUAUUUUGCCAACAAAAGGCGUACCCCUGGCUUAUUUGUACGAGCCCCUGAGGAUGUGCGUCAAGUGGAAAAACCGAAUGAGUGCAGCGCUAGUAAUGAAGGGGACAGAGCCAAAAAGAGAUUUCAGAAGGAGCAACAGCGAACAAAAGCGUUAAAACAAGAAAUGAAGAAAAGUAGGGACAGGCUACUCUUAGAAGCCAAUAAGGAAGAAGAUAAAAUAAUAAGGAAACUGGAAAAACAACUGAAGCUGAAUAAACGGAAGUCCAAGAGUAUUCCAAAAUCGUUCUCUUCGGAUGGCCUUGAUUAUUUGUUGGAGGUGUGCGAUAGUGAGAACCUGAGAGAUGUCGUGACUUCAGAACAAAAUGUGUUCGAUGCUUGUUCAGAUAUUGAUGAUGAUUUCACAGCACUGUUUGGAAAAUCAGACAGUGAUCAACUGAACAACAAACACAAUAUGUCUGCUGAAGAUAGUGACUUUGUAGAUACAGAAACUGAUUCACAAGUUUCAGCUGAAGAAUCUGACGUUCAAGAGGUAAAACACAUUGGUAUUCGUGAAGGCAGUACCUUAUCUUCAAACGCAGAAACUUGCUUCAGUAAAGGGUGGAGUGUGACAGAUCUGCAGGCUAAUGAUGGCAGUGACACAAAGAAGAAAACCAGAAAGAGAAAGUUAACGAUUGAAAAUGAAGGUGUGUCUACUGCAAACAAAAAAAAAGUUAAUUCUAACAAAAAUAAAAAUGGAAAUGAAGAAAUUAAUGACUCAGAAGAAGCAUUGUUAGAUAGUAUUGAAGGUGUGGAUGCAAAAGUUGAGGAAUUUUGGGAAGAUAUUUAUGGAAGAACUCGUGAUAAAGCUGGAAAUAUUGUGAAGGGUACUACUGGAAAGUAUGUGCCACCUCACAUGAGACUGAAAAAUGAAGCUGAGGAUGACAAGAAACAACUGCUGUUGCUGAGACUGAAAAAGCAAAUGAAAGGUCUUUUGAACAGAUUAUCAGAAGGAAACAUGAAAAAUAUUGCAACACAGGUGGAGCAGUUGUAUAUGAGUAACAGCAGACAUGACAUGAAUAAAAUUUUAUCAGAAUUGCUGAUGGAAUCACUUGUAGUUCCAGUAAGGACACCUGAAAGACUGAUUAUGGAACAUGCAUUGCUUGUUGCUGUUUUGCAUAGCAAUGUGGAUACUGAAGUAGGUAUACACUUCUUGCAAGCAAGUGUAAAAAGGUUUCAUGAACUGUGCAGUGAAAUAAAGGAUACUGAAGAUAAACAACUUGACAAUAUAGUGCUAAUAAUAUCUCAUCUGUACAAUUUUAAGGUCUUUGAUUCUGUACUAAUGUACGACAUUCUGAAAGUUUUAUCAGAGACAUUUACUGAAAAAGAAAUUGAACUUAUUCUGAUAAUCUUAAAGAGUGUGGGAUUCACACUUAGAAAAGAUAAUCCAAUAGCUCUGAAAGAACUGAUUUUGCGUCUCCAGCAGAAGGCGGGUUCAUCAGAGCAUCUCAGAGAAAACACCAGAGUGAAAUUUAUGUUAGAUGUACUUUUGGCAAUAAAGAACAACAACAUGGCAAAAAUUCCCAAUUUUGACCCUACACAUAGUGAGCACUUGAAGAAGUUGCUAAAGGGAAUUCUUCACAAAGGAGCUUAUGUUACAGAGGUGAAACUGACCCUUCAAGAUUUAUUGAAAGCUGACCAACAAGGUCGCUGGUGGGUAGUUGGCUCAGCAUGGACAGGAGCACUGCCUUCACAAGAAGGUGGUAAAACCUCUAUUAUCAGUAAAAAGGAUACAGCCUACAGCAGCCAGUUGCUAGAGCUAGCCAGAAAGCAACGGAUGAAUACCGAUGUAAGAAGAGAUAUUUUCUGCAUUGUGAUGACAGCUGAAGACUACUUAGACAGUUUUGAAAAACUGCUGCAUUUGGGUCUCAAAAAUCAACAAGAAAGGGAAAUCAUACAUGUUACUCUAGACUGUUGUCUUCAAGAAAAACGAUAUAACCCGUAUUAUAGCCAUCUGAUUCAAAAGUUUUGUGAUUUUGAUAGGAAAUAUCAGAUGAUAACUCAGUGUGCAGUGUGGGAUAAACUAAAAGAAUUAAGCAGACUGUCACAGUUUCAAGUGCCAAACCUAGCACAGCUGCUUAUUCAUCUCUUCAUCAACAAAGGCUUGGCUCUUUCAACCUUGAAGGUAAUUAACUUUGGUGAGGUGAAUAAGGCAACUGUGCACCUUCUACGUCAGAUUCUGUUGGGAAUCUUACUCCAUGAAUCACAGGACAACAUGCAGGAAGUAUUUUGCCGUGUGUCACUGUCACCAAAGCUCCAAAUGUUUCGAGAAAGCAUGAGAAUUUUUAUAAAACAUUUUGUGCUGAGAAAUUCAAUGUCUCUACCAACAUCACAGUUAACUCUUUUGAAUCAACGAGCUGAAGUAGUUGACAGAAUCUUAUCUACAAAUAUGUCAAAAAUAAGACCCACUUAAUUUUCAGCAACAGAUGUACAUAGUUUUGAUAAAUGAAUUAUUUAUAAGCUUUUUGUAAUAUAUUUUCAUAAGUGUACAUAAUAAAGUACAAUAUUAUCAGUGUCGUUCUCAA